GCAGUUCUUAAGCCCAGACAGGAGGGAACCACAACAGCUGCGGGAACAGCGGGGUAGAGGACAUAGAAAUUGUUUAUUACAUGCAAAAUGGAGACGAUAUUUGGUAGAAAUAAAGAAGAACAUCCAGAACCCAUAAAAGCUGAGGUGCAAGGUCGGUUGCCCACUUGGUUGCAAGGGAUACUUCUCCGGAAUGGCCCAGGGAUGCACACAAUAGGGGACACUAAGUAUAACCAUUGGUUUGAUGGCUUGGCUCUGCUGCAUAGCUUUACAUUUAAAAAUGGUGAAGUUUACUAUAGAAGUAAGUAUCUCCGAAGUGACACAUACAACUGCAACAUAGAAGCAAAGCGAAUUGUGGUGUCUGAGUUUGGAACUAUGGCUUAUCCAGAUCCAUGCAAAAACAUAUUUGCCAAGGCGUUCUCGUAUUUGUCUCACACCAUUCCUGAGUUCACAGACAACUGCCUGAUCAACAUUAUGAAAACUGGGGAUGAUUUUUAUGCUGUCAGUGAGACUAACUUCAUCAGGAAAAUUAAUCCGCAGACUCUGGAGACAUUAGAGAAGGUUGACUACAGCAAAUACGUAGCUGUAAAUAUCGCAACUUCUCACCCGCACUAUGACAGUGCUGGAAAUAUUCUCAACAUGGGUACUUCAAUAGCUGAUAAAGGGAAGACAAAAUACAUUCUAUUUAAGAUUCCUCCCUCUGUGCCAGAAAAAGAGAAGAAGAAAUCUUGUUUUAAACAUCUGGAAGUGGUAUGCUCCAUCCCUUCUCGCUCUCUGCUCCACCCAAGCUACUACCACAGCUUUGGAAUCACAGAAAAUUACAUUGUCUUCAUAGAGCAGCCAUUCAGACUGGAUAUUGUCAAAAUGGCAACUGCUUACAUCCGAGGUGUGAGCUGGGCUUCCUGCCUUUCCUUUCAUAAGGAAGAUAAGACUUGGUUUCACUUUGUAGACAAGAAGACUAAAAAAGAAGUAUCCACCAAGUUUUAUACCGAUGCUAUGGUGCUUUUUCACCACAUAAAUGGUUAUGAAGAGGAUGGCCACAUUAUUUUUGAUAUUAUUGCCUAUACAGACAAUAGCUUAUAUGAUAUGUUCUAUUUAAAAAACCUGCGUAAAGACUUCAAAGAGAGCAGCAAGCUUACCUCCAUACCAACCUGCAAACGAUUCGUUGUUCCUCUGCAGUAUGACAAGGAUGCUGAAGUAGGUUCUAAUUUAGUCACACUUCCCUCUACCGCAACUGCUGUAAAAGAGAAAGAUGGCAGCAUCUAUUGCCAGCCUGAAAUACUAUGUGAAGGGAUAGAACUGCCUCGCAUCAACUACGACUAUAAUGGCAAAAAAUACAAGUGCAUCUUUGCAACGGAAGUCCAGUGGAGUCCAGUUCCUACAAAGAUUGUAAAAUUUAAUAUCCAGACAAAGGAAAUGCUCCACUGGGGAGAGGACCACUGCUGGCCGUCUGAGCCCGUUUUUGUUCCCAGCCCUGAUGCAAGAGAAGAGGAUGAUGGCAUUGUCCUGACCUGUGUUGUGAUGUCUGAUCCAAAGAAAGCACCCUUCCUACUUUUCUUGGAUGCUAAAACAUUCAAAGAAUUGGGCCGAGCCACAGUAGAUGUAGAAAUGCAUCUGGACCUGCACGGAAUGUUUAUACCCGAGAAAGAUUUGAAGACUGAGACUGAGUAAAAUGCUAUUUAUCCUAUUACACAGACUGAAACAACCUUCUACUGAAUGCGGGAUAAUAUCAUUCAGGAACAACCUCAUCUUAAGACAAGAAAUUGCUAAAUAUAAUAUCUUCAAUAACUAUAUAUAAUCUCUUACAAGAGACAGCAAUAACUUUUAUUACAAAUAAUUAUAUGCACAACUGGUACAUAACUAUUCAAAAAGAAUAAUGAUCAGUAUAAAGUGCUAAUGUUGUAUACAACUCGUGGGGCAGGGAAUAGGAGACAAAGGUAACAAGAAAUGUUUUGAGUAGAAUAUAGCUUUCUGAGCAAACGAAGUACUGUACAGGGUGAUGCAUGGCAUGAGUCACAUAUGUCUGCAGGUCAUGUAACUUUCAUGGACUAUUUCAAGACUGCAGCUCACGAUGAAAGUCAUCUCCUGCCAGAAAAUCUCACGUUAAACUGUCUGCUAUGAUACUAAUAAUUCAUGGCAAUGCAUUCUCUUGGUGCUUGAUUUCUUAAACUCCACCAUAACCAAAGCAUUACAUUGAGGUGCUACAACUUUCUAAUUUAGAACCUAAAAAAGCUGUGCUUUGCUAAUAAUUUCAUGGUGUAUUUUUCCCUUUUAUGUUGACAAAAACAAGUAAGUUGAAAUAGAAUAUAUGGGUUUAUGUAGCAUUAAAUUAUACUUCAGUGUGAAUCAGUCAUAAGCACUUUGUAUUUAAAUAAAUUUUCCUUGAGGAGAAUAUCUGACAUGG